CCUCUCCUCCUCCUCCUCCUCCUCCUCUCCGUUCUCUCAGGUCUGUCGACGGCCAAGAGGAAGUUCGCGGACUCUCUCAGCGAGUUUAAGUUCCAGUGCAUCGGAGACGCCGAGACGGACGAUGAGAUCUGCAUCGCCAAGUCUCUCCAGGAGUUUUCCACCGUCCUUCAGAACCUGGAGGACGAGAGGACGCGCAUGAUCGAAAAUGCCAACGAUGUUCUGAUUAUGCCUCUGGAGAGGUUCAGGAAGGAACAGAUCAGCGCAGCCAAGGAAGCCAGGAAGAAGUACGACAAGGAGACGGAGAAGUACUGCGUCAUGCAGGAGAAACACCUGAGCCUGUCGGCCCGCAAGAAGGAGGCGCACCUGCACGAGGCGGACCAGGCGGUGGACGCCGUGCGGCAGCACUUCUACGAGGUUUCCCUGGAGUACGUGUUCAAGGUGCAGGAAGUCCAGGAGAGGAAGAUGUUCGACUUCGUGGAGCCGCUGUUGGCGUUCCUUCAAGGCCUCUUCACCUACUAUCACCACGGCUACGAGCUCGCCAAGGACUUCAACCACUUCAAGACGGACCUGACCAUCAGCAUCCAGACGACGAGGAACCGCUUUGAGAGCACGCGCUCGGAGGUGGAGAUCCUGAUGAGGAAGAUGAAGGAGAAUCCUCACGAGCACAAGAGCGUGAGCCGGCACACCUUGGAGGGGUACCUGUACGUGCAGGAGAAACGCUCCUUCGUCUCCACCUGGGUGAAGUACUACUGUAUUUACCACCGUGAGCCCAAGAGGAUCACGAUGGUUCUGUUCGACCCAAAGUCAGGAGGGAAGAUCGGAGACGAGGAGAGCUUCUCGCUCAAGUCCUGCACCCGGAGGAAGACGAACUCCAUCGAGAAGAGGUUCUGCUUCGACGUGGAGGCCGUGGACAGGCCUGGCGUGAUCACCAUGCAGGCUCUGUCUGAAGAGGACCGCAGGUUGUGGAUGGAGGCGAUGGACGGCAGAGAACCGGUGUACAACCUGAACAGAGACAGCCAGGCUGAAGGCCGGGUCAAAGUUCAUUCCUGGUCCAGCUCCCCGCCGUCAGCGGCCCAGCUGGACGCCGUCGGCUUCAACGUCAUGAAGAAGUUCAUCCACGCGGUGGAGACUCGAGGUAUCGAUGAUCAGGGCCUGUACAGAAUCGUGGGCGUGAGCUCCCGAGUCCAGAAGCUUCUGGGCUUUGCGAUGGAUCCUAAGACGUGUGCCGACGUGGAGCUGGAGAACUCAGAGUGGGAGAUCAAAACCAUCACGAGCGCCAUCAAGCACUUCCUCAGAGUUCUGCCCGGACCGCUCAUGACGUACCAGUACCAGAGGAGCUUCAUCAAAGCUGCCAAGCUGGACAACCAGGAGGCCCGGGUGACGGAGGUCCACGCUCUGGUUCACCGGCUGCCUGAGAAGAACCGACAGAUGCUGGAGCUGCUGAUGAAACACCUGGCCACCGUGGCGAACCAUCACCAGCAGAACCUGAUGACCAUCGCCAACCUGGGCGUGGUGUUCGGGCCGACGCUGCUGCGGCCGCAGGAGGAGACGGUGGCCGCCAUCAUGGACAUCAAGUUCCAGAACAUCGUCGUGGAGAUCCUCAUCGAGCACCACGAGAAGAUCUUCAGAGACGUGCCGGUGUCGGCCGGCGGCCCGACCGCCGCGUCCAGGAGGCGGAGCACCGACAGCAGAGGCCCGUCCUGCAGCGAGCGGCCGCUCACCCUGUUCCACACGCCGACGCACAGAGGUGAGAAGAGGAACAGCGUCUCCAACGCCGAGCCGCCGGGUUCCUCCUCCGCCGACCGCUGCAGCAGCAGCAGCAGCAGCGGCAGAACCCCCAGACACAGCCUGACCAGCACCGACGGGGAACCCGAGGCCCGGCAGGCCCGGCCCAGCUCGCUGCUGAAUCCAAAGAGUCGAGGCAGCAUUCCAACGAGCGCCUCGCCUCCCAGCCCCACCUCGCCGCGCUCUCCCUCCUGGCCCAUGUUCUCGGCCCCGUCGAGUCCUCAGCCGCCGUCCUCGGCCUCCGGUGACUCCUCCCCCGUCAGCGUGGCGGGCAGGAAGGCUCGCGCUCUGUACGCCUGCAAGGCGGAGCACAAAUCUGAGCUGUCCUUCAUCGCCGGGACCGUCUUUGAAAACGUUCACUCCUCCAGGGAGCCCGGCUGGCUGGAGGGGACUCUGGAGGGCCGGACGGGAUUGAUACCAGAGAACUAUCUGGAGUUUUUAUAGUUCAGAGACCAAACUGGACUAAACUUAUUUAGAUUAUGUAAAUAAUUAAUAAGGACCGGACCUCCCGGGUCUGGAAGAUGAAACUGGACCAACAGAACCGAAGGGGAGACCCAUGAAUUGCACUGGAGAAGAAGAGGAGGAGAGUCCCACUGUGGUUCCGGAUGUUUUUGGCGUGGAAGAGUUCCCGAGUCCCGGUGACCAAUGAGUGACCUUCUAAUGCAUCACCUGGUGUGUCGGCCAUCUUGUAUGCCACAUGGUGAAGAGCCCCUCAGGAACACGUGAUCGUAACGAGGUGAAUGACGUCACACCGCUCUGCCAUGGCCUCAGGGUCUCCUCUGAAGAAAAGCUUCUCGUGGAGAUCAUGACGGGUUGACAGAGCAAGUGACCUUUGACCUCUGGACCUGCUGGUGCGCGUCCUGUUUGAGUGACUCGUCAGGCGGCGGGUUUAAAUGAUGAGGUUCUUGGUCGUUGGGCCGGACGCCUGCUGUGCAGCGACGAGACUCAACCCAGGAGCCCCGGGGGCCGAUCGGCACAGGGUGAGGUCGCCGAAAGGUCAGCGUGGGGUUAACCCAGAGCCGUCCUGCCGCUGCCUUCAGGGCCCUCACGGAAGAAUGGGAACAAUUUAAAAACGAGCUCCGUGGGAAUAUCGGUGGUCUAGAAAUGCAGCGAUGGAGUCACGCCGCCCACCUGUGAACCGGACCAUCAACUAUCAACAGCCUGGAACUAAACAAACAAACAAACAAACAAACACACGUUGACGUUCAGGACGCUUACAGGUGUGUCAGAGGAUAAAAUGCAGAUUUGUUUUUCAUGCAUUUGAAGACAAGAGGAAAUGUAGAUGUGUGAUACCUGCUCCUGUGUGUGUGUGUGUGUGUGUGUGUGUGUGUGUGUGUGUGUGUGUGUGUGUGUGUGUGUGUGUGUGUGUGUGUGUGUGUGUGUGUGUGUGUGUGUGUGUGUGUGUGUGUGUGUGUGUGUGUGUGUGUGUGUGUGUGUCCGCAUGCUCGUCUUCUUUGAGGCUCAAAGCUUUUGGCAGAUUUUUUUUUUAGGACUGUUUUUAGCUUUUCAACAGAACAAAUAAAAUGGGGUAAAAAAAACAAAAAUGUGAAAUGAGAGAAGAGAGAUGAGAGAAGAGACUACUUUGUUCACACGUGAACUUCUAAUUUAUGAUUUAUGAGUUUCUUAAAGACUCAAAUCUUGAACAUUAAUUUUGAGGUUUUUAUUGUAAAUAGACGGAUGACAUUUGAUGAGGUAUAGUGUGUUUGUUUUUGAUUAUGAAAUUUUAUAUUUUUAGCGUACUAACUUAAUUUCUUGAUUGUCUUUGUGGCCCAGAUGUUUUGUACCAUGUGAGUCUUUCUACACACUGUAAGAAAAGAUCCUAAUUUUACGGUAAAUAACUCUAAAUAUUUACAGUAGUUUUACCUUUUUUUAAAAUUACAUACAAAACUCUGUGAAAUUACAGACAUUAUCCGUAAAUUAACAACCCAACUGUUAAUUUAAGUAUUAUGCUAAUAAUUCAAAAUAACAUUUUUUUCCCAUUUUUUUAAAGAAAAAUGACUGUAUUAUUAAUACAGUCUUUUUACCGUUUUCUUAAAUGACAUACAAAUUCAUGUAAAAUAACAAUUAUUACCUGUAAUUAAAUGUGUAGCUCCUUAUAUGAAGGUUUAUUUCCAUACUAACAAUUUAACGAUUUUCUUUGUAAUUUUAAGGUAGAUCAUAUUAUAUUUAUAUUAACAUGUACUUUUACAUUCAAACUCUGUAAUUCUAAAUCUAAAUUUAGCUAACUUCUUUCAUUUCAUUAAACAUCUACAUAUUGCAGUUUUUUCAAGAGUACAAAGUAGAAGAAAUAAUGAUAAGUUUUGAUACUUGUUCUUUAGAGGAGCAUAGGGCGACCAUGAGUAUUUGCUGUUAUUUGUCCAGAGUCCAAUAUUUGUAAUCAGAACUGAUAAUAAAUAAAUUAAAAGAAAUUCUGA